AUGGACACUGCUAUUGUCAAGCUUCGUUUUCUUCAGAUGACUCAUCCUUAUGAAUCCAAUUUUACCUCCCAAGCUCCUUCUGAGACAGAACUCGGACACCAGAAAGAAGUGGAUGAUAAACUAAGGAAGAAGGAUAGCUGGGAAGAAGUUUGCAUGACUCCUGAAGAUCCUUUACUCCAAUUAAUUGAGUCUCUGCCAAGCUUGGAUCUGGAAGAGUUGAUUGCCUUCCUAACUAAGUAUGAGGCGCAUCAUACCCUGGCGUUGAUCUACUCGUCAAAAGGCAGCUUGACUUCUGCUUUGAACAUUUGGCAAAGGUUGUUCCUUCUGUACUUUCAUGCAUUUUACCUUAAUUGCCUUCAUGAAUUGGUGCAAAGGCUUGCUAUAAUGGCGAGCCUGAUCAGGCACUAUAGCUCAUAG